UAUCUCGGUCACGGCAAUGGUUCCCGAUUUUUACUGCACGCAUUCAACCAGGGGCUUGGUGCCCGUGCGGCAGCUCUGAUCUUUGGAUGCAGUUCUGGGCGUCCUCGUUGGGAAGGCCGUCACGAACCAUAUACAUCCACCUUUAAUCAUCUUUUCGCUGGAUGUCCCUUUGUUUUGGGCCUUCUUUGGGAUGUCACCGAUAAGGACAUGGAUCGAUUCACAGUGCGCUUCAUUACCCAUUGGCUUUGCACUAAAAUCAAUACAAGCGAACCUUAUUCUGCGGAGCUCAGAGAGACCACGAAAGUCUCACAAAAUCCUGCAUUUUCCUCCAAUCGCACAAUUGGUUCUUGUAUUUUCAGAGCACUAUCUGCCUGCAAGCUACCAAAUCUGAUAGGCAAGUCAGUGAUAGUAUACGGCCUGCCAGUUUAUCCUUCUCCAAACGGCCUCCUUAUGCACCCGAAGCUGCAUGCAUGA